GAGCGUGCGCGCACAGCAGGCUGCUGUAAGGUUUGUGUUUUCACUGCUUGUACUUUCGGGAUCUCCAACCUCAUUCCUCAACAUGAAGGCGCUGAGUCCAGUGCGCGGCUGCUACGAGGCGGUGUGCUGCCUGUCUGAACGCAGCCUAGCUAUCGCGCGGGGCCGCGGCAAGGGCCCGGCAGCCGAGGAGCCGCUGAGCCUGCUCGACGACAUGAACCACUGCUACUCACGCCUGCGGGAACUGGUACCCGGAGUCCCGCGAGGCACUCAGCUUAGCCAGGUGGAAAUCCUGCAGCGCGUCAUCGACUACAUCCUCGACCUGCAGGUGGUCCUGGCCGAACCCGCCCCUGGACCCCCAGACGGCCCGCAUCUUCCUAUCCAGACAGCCGAGCUCUCUCCUGAACUUGUAAUCUCCAACGACAAGAGGAGCUUCUGCCACUGACCUGGCCGUCCUGGCAUCUCCAGAACGCAGGUGCUGGCGCCCGUUCCGCCUGGGACCCAGGACCCCAGGACUCUAUGGCCCGAAGCUCCAGAGCACGGAUGGGCCCCAGCCUCUCCCUGCCCAUUUGACUUCCCCAAGCCCCUGCUUCGAGGCUGGACCUGGCGCCCGGGAGCGAAGGACUGUGAACUUGGGUGGCCUAAAGAGCCAGCGCUAGCUCUGGGCACCAGCUGGGCAACGUCACCCAGCCCCACCCCACCCCCAAGUUUUAAAGACUGUCUUUCAGAGUGUGGGGGUGGGAGUGGGGGGAGAGUGGCUGCUCUCCAAACUGCCAAGGCAGCAGUAGAGCUGGUCUUCUGGUCUCCUCGGGAAAAGGCUCUGUGGCCCUAAUUAUGAACUCUAUAAUAGAGUAUAUAGCUUUUGUACCUUUUUGCAGGAAGGUGACUUUCUGUGACCAAGUGAUGUAUAUUAUUAAACUUUUUAUAAAAGUUAACAUUUUGCAUAAUAAACGGUUUUUAAACAC